AAGCGCGAGGAUAUAAAGUGUGUUGAGCAGAUCACUGACUGCUUUGUUUCUUACAUUCACUUGCUUAAAAUAAAUUAUGAUUCGUUACAUCUUUAUCGCUUUUAUGUCGUUAUUGUAUAAAAAUAACUAAAAUUGUUGAUCGAUCGGACUUAAGACUUUGAUUUUGACAGGUUUAUUUGACCAGGAAGCACAUGUUGUAACGUUACAGUACAAAAUAUGUGCGAAUCUAAAAAUGAAUUAAUUUAAGUUACAGUGUACUUUUAAUGGACCUCCACGAGAGGUGAUGGAGUGGGAUCAACUUAAGCUGAAUCCAAGGAUUCUUGCUGCUGUUAAAAAAGCCAAUUUUAGAUCAGCAAAGGAGAUCCUGUGUGUUUUGGGUCCAGAUUUGCAGAGACUGACGCAUUUGUCACAGAGUGAUAUCAGGCGCUUACACUGUGCCGCUGCAGCUGCUGUCCGCAAGUCCCCCGCUGUCACAGCUUUACAGUUGAUCAAGGGGGAAUGUCCUGUUUUGGAGCCUGGACACAGGCUUUCUUUUGCCUGUCCCGUUCUGGACGGGUUGAUGCGCGGUGGUCUGCCAUUGCGAGGAAUAACAGAGCUAGCAGGCGAGAGUGCUGCAGGGAAAACUCAAUUUUGUCUGCAGCUUUGCUUGUCUGUUCAGUAUCCACUGGAAAACGGGGGGUUGAACUCAGGAGCUGUCUAUAUCUGCACCGAAGAUUCCUUUCCUAUCAAACGACUAAGGCAACUGAUUUCCCAGCAGCCUCGGCUCAGACCAGAUUUGCCUUCAUCUCUGAUCCACAGCAUUCGCUUUAGUGACAACAUCUACAUUGAGCAUGUAGCUGACCUGGAGGCUCUGCAGGCAUGCGUGUCUCAGCGUGUGCCCGUGCUGCUCGAGAGAGGUCUGGUCAAGUUGGUGGUGGUGGACUCGGUGGCUGCUCUCUUCCGUAGCGAGUUUCAAGCCGAUGAGGCUAUAAAGAGGUCGCGCCACCUGCUGACAUUUUCUAGCACCCUCCACCGCCUGAGUCAUAACUAUGGUGCACCUGUUCUCUGUGUCAAUCAGGUUACUGAUGUUGUGGAUGGCCCAAAUCCAGGCAGGUGUGAUUACGGGCUGGUGGACAGUAAAGUGCUUCCUGCAUUGGGCAUUGCAUGGGCCAACCAAGUGAUGGUUAGACUCAUGCUGAGAAGACAGGAGGGGUGCGUAAUAUCAGAAGGCCGAAGCAGUGCUCCUCGAAAAUUAGAGGUAGUGUUCGCUCCACACCUCCCUCGAGCGGCCUGCCUGUGUGGGGUUUGGGAAGAAGGAGUUCGAGGAAUUCUUGAGGAUGACCAAGAACCACAAAGCUGUUAGCGAUGAAUCAUUCACAGAGCCAAAUGGAGCUGAUGACAAGACUGUUUAUCAGAAAUAUGGGAGUCAAUAGUUGCUAAUGGACAUGUUUAUUGAAAGAGAAGUAAUGGUUUUGUUAAAAUGGACAAGACUUUGUACAGAAUGGCUAGAUUUUUUUAGCAUUUAAAUUAAUACACUGAAAACAUCAGUUUCUUGUAUCUUGUAAACGAGUGCAAACUAAUAUCUAAUAGUUUUUAAUCACAAUUUUUAAAAGUUUAUUAUGCUGUUUAUACACAGAAUAAAUAGUUUUUCUUUUGGUAUGUAUGAGCGAGUCAGUAGUGCAUCUAGAUCAGCACUAGAGCACUAUCACCACCUCAAUAAUGUGUGUUUUUUUUUUUUAAUAAAACGAGAAAUAUGU